GCUCCAGCAGCUGGCCUGCCUCUCCAGGGUGAGCACUGGGCUCUGUAUAAAAGGGAAGGAGCAGCCUUUGCCUUUCAUCCCUCCGUUCUCCUCCCUCGCUGGGCGGCAGGACUCAUCCCGCACCUCCGCAAACCCCGGCGCGAUGCCGCUCAAGAAACCCGACCCGAGGAAGGAAGCGGCCAAAGCAGCUCCAGGCUCGGAGCCUGCCUUCGACCCCAAGAGCGUGAAGAUUGAAUUCACGGCAGAGCAGAUUGAAGAGUUCAGAGAAGCCUUCGGGCUGUUUGACCGGACGCCGGCGGGGACGAUGCAGAUCAGCUACGGACAGUGCGGGGACGUCCUGCGGGCGCUGGGCCACAACCCCACCAACGCUGAGGUCCUCAAGGUGCUGGGCAAGCCCAAGCCAGAAGAAAUGCACACCAAGAUGCUGGACUUUGAGACCUUCCUCCCCAUCCUGCAGCACUUCACCCGCAACAAGGAGCAGGGCACCUUCGAGGACUUUGUGGAAGGGCUGCGUGUCUUCGACAAGGAGGGCAACGGGAUGGUCAUGGGGGCCGAGCUGCGCCACGUGCUGGUCACGCUGGGAGAGAAGAUGACAGAAAGCGAGGUGGAGCAGCUCAUGGCAGGGCAGGAGGAUGCCAAUGGCUGUAUCAACUAUGAAGCUUUUGUCAAGCACAUCAUGUCUGGCUGAAACGAGAAACUUCAGGCUCUCAGAAAUGCUUGAAUCCACCUGAGCACCAUGAAGAGCAAGAUUCCUCCAUGCAUGUCCUUUCCCUGGGCUGUUUUGCCUAAGCCAUCGUUGGGCAGCACGCGUGUGUGCCUGAGCCUGGUACUCAGUGACACAUCUGCAACUGGGUUUUAAACCUCAAGUUACUCUUUUCAGGUUUUCUCAGUGACAUUUGUCUCAUUAAAUUUCAUUCCUUCC